AUGGCUCUUGAGCGCCUAAGGCGCGAGGCUAAUCCAGACUUUGCAAGAUUUAACGCGGACUUUGGACAUCAAGACGAAUUUUACGACAAAUUCGGCUAUGCAUCAAUCCCCACAUUCAGUUUCGAAGAUGUCCACGAAACGAGCAGCUUCCUACUGAGCAUCGAUCCUGGGCAGGAAACGCCAGAAGCGUCGGAUUUGAGCCAUGAAUCAGCAGACCCAGAACCAGCAGAAGCAGACGGAGCUGCGGUAUCCCCUCCAGGCACACUCGAAGCGCUCGAUGGCAUUAUGCGGGGCGGCACCCUCGAAGAACUACGAAGCUGGCUGCGUGCCGUUGAGAGAGAAGGCUAUGUGGUCGAUAUUCCUCGUCUUCUGCGCUACGCAGUGGCUAAGGAGAGGCUGUCGAUGGUGAAGUAUCUCGUUGAGCAUGAAAAGGCAGAUUUGAGGGCGACUGAUACCCUAGAGAGGUCUGUCAUCUUCUUUGCCGCCGCUUGCAAUGAUCUCCAGGUGCUGGAAUACAUUGCCGGAAAAUUGAAGCGGAUUGUUUCGAUAUCCAAAGAGCUGGCCCGAACGGACAUUACUGGUGCGACACCACUCUACUAUGCCCGCAAUUUCUGGCACGCCGCCGCCAACGCCAAAUAUCUCCUCCAGACUUGUGCUGCCUCAGAUGAUAGAGCAUGGCUGGCCCGUGCAGCUCUAGAACUCGAAGUGCAAAGGGGAAAGGCCAACGACGUCCGUUACACUGAUUGGUACAACGUCCUUUUCCUUUACAGAUGGCUCGAGCUCUACCUGCAUUUCCCCGUCCUUUCUGAAAGCUGGUCUAGGCUAAGAAACGCCGAGAGCUUUUGCACCAAUAAAAGACUUUUCACGCUGCGGAACCUGGUGUCCCAAAACCACUGGCUUCUUGAACAGCUUGAUGACAUUUUACCAGACCAGUACAGCCCCGAAUUAGUCUGGAUCCACGUCCCGUGGACUAAUGGCAUCCUAGUAUCUGCAGUGCUAGACUCUGUGGUAGAUAAUCUCAAAGACCGCACCUGGAGAACUCUGGACUUUGCGAAGGUAGCCCUUGUGAGCGAGAACUUCAAGGACACUUUUAGGCGACGAUCGUCACCGCCUGGUAACCCAUAUCUCGACCACUUGACACCCGUGUUCCGACAAAUUUCUGGUUAUAGAUCUGCGGUUGUUAUUUUCCCAUGCAUCGAAAUCGUCAGCUUUGAAGACUUUACGAGAUCAAGGAAGCACCAUAUGGAUCUACGCGCAACGUUGAAGACUGAAUUCCCGGCCAUCACCAGUCGUGUCCAGACAACCCGCACUCUUGACGAAACACAUUUUCCGUCUCUCAGCGCAAAAGCACUCGAGGAAUUGAACAACGACCAAGUGGUGAGUCGGGAAUGUCAGGAGUUUCUCAGUGGGGAGCCCACGACAGAGGCGACCAAACCGAUCCUGGUGGUGUCGCAACUCUGGGUCUGGAACAUUGAAGCAGUUGUGCUUUCAGCGUACUCUAACCCAGGAAAGACUCCUGACGACUCGCUGCUCAGGGAUUACGACAUCAUCGAGUCUGAAUUCCCCGUUGUUGAUGCAUGGAGGGGAAAACAGUUUGGUGCAAAGACUUUGGAAGGUGGGCGUAACCCUGAGGUGAAGGUCGCAUGUCUCUUGCAUGACCAAAUUGACUAUUUCGACAAGACGCAAGCAGACGGAAUGUACCAGGUGCCCCUCGACUACUUUGAAAUGGGUGUGUUACGGAUCAUAGCCAGUGUGACCGAGUACACGAAGAAUAUGGAACCCCAGUCACUGGAUGUGGAAAAGGAGAGGACCUUUAUGCACGAUUUGUCUGAUAUCAGAGUCGAGUUGGAUGCGAUCGACCAAGUUCUCACCCAGCAAAAGAACAUCAUCAGCGACUUUCGUGGUUCUCUCGUUGUAGAGAAAGAAGACGUGAUAUUGCAUCCUGAAAAUGCCAACCCCAAGCUGAUUGCGAAGAGGAGUCUUGAAGAUGACGAAAAGCGGAUUGACACAUAUCGCGCAAGGAUUGCCAAAAUCCAAAAAGACGCCGACCGCAUCGACCAGGCCAUCAACAAUGCUCUGAAUCUCAAACGUACCGCAGCAAGUAUUCAAGACGCUCGCAACAGCGCCAAAGAUGCUCGAACAAGCCUCCUCCUGGGUUGGGCCGUUCUGGGAUUCACCAUCAUCACGAUUAUGUUCGCUCCCUUGUCUUUCAUGACCAGUCUCCUGGCCUUACCGGUGGACAGCCUGCGCCAAUUUAACGGGACGGACGCGACGGGGGCACCGACUGCUAUCUAUCGAUCCGGUUUCAUCGCGUGGACUUUUAUUGUGGCCGAGGUCAUUUCCAUCGCCGUCACCGCCUUGGCCGUAUAUGCCGCCGUAAGAUAUCGGCAUGUUCUGAGUGGAUUUCUGGUGCCAAAUGACAUUGGUGAGCAGGGGCAGCACGGAGGGCGUAUUCAGAGCGAGGUUGCUGGCGGCGACGGAGCCUGGGUCGAUGCGAAGCGACCAGAUGCUGUUCUGAGAGAGCACGCCGACAACAGGGGAGAAGCUUCAGGUGCCAAUGUGCCAGCGGAGUCAGCCAGACCUCGCGGUCUCCGCAAGCUACUAGGGACGACCAAGCCCAAGUCAAGAGACCCGGAGAAGUGA